AACUUCAAAGAAGAAGAAAUUAAAGCGCUGUAAACUCACAACAAAAGAAGAGGAUAUUAGGUUUUUUCAGCCCUGAUUGAACGAUGGAUCUUUGUCACUGAGAAACACCAUUUAGACCUCAUAAUAAGACCUUAUAAUGGAAUCAGCAGGGAUACGACCGUGUUCUUCCAGAAAACCCCACACUCCUGGUCCUACUGACUCACAGCUUUGUGGGGAUGUGCAGACAGAAAAAUAUACAUCUUCAGAUGGAGCAACAUCAGACUCUGUAGAACACAUCACCUGUGUGAACCUUCAGAAACAUGUAAAAAAGGAAGAAACUGUAGAUGAAGAAUAUUUCUGUGAAGCGACACCAGACUCUGUGGGACACAUCACACCUGUGGACCUACAGAAUCAUGUGAAAAAGGAAGAAGCUGAAGAUAAAGACGAUCUCUGUGCUGCGACAUCAAACUCUGUGGAAGAUGUAGACCAAAAUAAUGGAGGAUUUGAAAGGAAGCAUAUAAAAGAAGAGUCUGAAGAGGAAGAUAAGCUCCAUACAAGGACAGACUGGGACAUGGAUGAUGCCCAGGUACAAGUCUUCUCCUGCUCUCAAUGUUCACUUUCCUGUACAUCUCAAAUUCACCUCCACAAACACAUCAGAAAAUACCACUAUGAGGAAUAUGAGAGACUGCUACAAUCAGGAGAGUUAAAAGACGUGGAGCAUAUCACUACAAUAAGCUCCAGUAUUCCGCAAACAGCCUCCGUUACACUCAACAGUAACUCCUCUAAUAAACAAACGCAGAAAGGAGUCUAUCCCUGCUCACAGUGUGGGAAGAGUUUUACUCACCGACGUUAUCUCAGUCAACACCAGCGCAUUCACACAGGAGAAAAACCAUAUCACUGCUCAGAUUGUGAUAAGAGUUUUACUCACCGGAGUACUCUUCAAGCACACUUGCAUAUGCACACAGGAGAAAAACCGUAUCACUGCUCUGAAUGUGGGAAAAGCUUUACUCAACAAAGUAAUCUACAAGAACACCAGCGCAUUCACACAGGAGAAAAGCCGUAUUCGUGCUUAGAGUGUGGAACGAGUUUUAGUCGAAAGAGUGAACUAGGCAGACACCAGCGCAUUCACACAGGAGAAAAACCAUAUCACUGCUCAGAAUGUGGGAAGAGCUUUAGUCAAAGGAGUACUCUACAAGAACACCAGCGCAUUCACACAGGUGAAAAACCAUAUUCCUGCAUGGAGUGUGGGAAGAGCUUUACUCGACUGAAUGAUCUUCAAAUACACCAGUACAUUCACACAGGAGUAAAACCAUAUUUCUGCUUACAGUGUAGAAAGAGCUUUAUUCGACAGAGUGAACUACAAAUACACCAGCGCAUUCACACAGGAGAAAAGCCGUAUCACUGCACGGAAUGUGAGAAGAGCUUUAGUCGCUUGAGUAAUCUACAAAAACACCAGCGCAUUCACACAGGAGUAAAACCAUAUUUCUGCUUACAGUGUGGAAAGAGUUUUAUUCAAAUGAGUGAACUACGAAGACACGAGCGCGUUCACACAGGAGAAAAGCCGUAUCACUGCUCAGAGUGUGGUAAGAGUUUUAGUCAAAGGAGUAGUUUACAAGAACAUCAGCGCAUUCACACAGCACAGAAACCAAUUCAGUGCUUGCAGUGUGGACGGAGAUUUACAUAUUCAGGAGCAUUUAACAUACACAAGUGCUCCAACAAUGAUUAAAUAAACUCUUUACAAUAGUAACCAUGAUUUGGUUAAGGUAUGUAGAUAUGUACAGUCAGGUCAAUAAAUAUUUGGACAUUGACGAAGUAAUUAUUAUUUUAGCUGUUUACCACAGUAUAUUGGAGUCGAUAUUAAAUAAUGACUAUGAAAGUGCAGACUUUCAGCUUAAUUUUAGGGGUGUACACAUCCAAAUUGUGUAGGAAUUACAGCAUUUAGGAAUGACAAAAAUGGCUAUUAAAAUUGUUUUCAAACUGUGGUGCCUGGAAAGAGGGUGUUACUAAGUACUGACAUAGAAGGGUGUCCAAAUAUUUAAGUUAAUCAAGUAUGAAGUGACUGCAAUAUUCAGAUAGUUUGCUGCAGAGUUUACUUCUUUUUCACUUCCCAAAUUAACAGAACGGGUAAUGUGGCCAGUGGGGCCCAACUUUUCUUACUACUGUAUCCAAAGCAGUGUGACACUGGGAAGAAGUAAUGUAACUUAAAGUAUCUUGUUUAUGCAUACAUGCUUUAAAAUAUAACGAGAAGUCAUAAAGAGAACUGGUGAAUUGCUAUUGCAUUUUAAUAAUGGAGGACCUGAUUGUUAAAUACAUCACCCAGUCCAGUUCACAGGGUGUGUGUGAUGGGAUUGAGGUCACAGCUGAGUCCCUAUCAGCAGUUUGUGUACCAAUUUGACACUGAUCCGGAAUGGCCACAAAGUGAGCAAAGGGAAAAUUGAAGAGGUGCUCCAUGGUAUUAUUCUUAUUAAACUUUAAAGAAGAGCUUUGAAGAAGUGAAAGCAGAAAAUUUUCCCUGCUUGCUCAUUUAUAUCAGUAGAAAAUUGUUUCACUAUUAAAUAAACAAGCUGAUCAAAUCAG